UGUGACACCGAGGAGAUCUCCCGAGUCCCGUGUAUGUUUUAUACCUACUGCUUGCCAUGUCUCCUGGGAAGUCCAGUCCCAGUUUGGGUGUCUGUGCUUUCUGCCACAAGCGAGAGCAAACCAAGGAGACCGGGUCACUGCUGAAGACAUCCAACGACAAGAUCACUGCGCAUGCUAACUGCUUGCUUUUUUCGCCUCAAGUGGUUUCAGCUGAUCCCCCAAAUCCUAAUGUCCUAGGUGGAUUUGAUGUUAAAAGUGUGAAAAAGGAAAUCAAACGAGGAAAGAAGCUGAAAUGUUCUUACUGUAAGUUAAAAGGAGCUUCGAUUGGCUGUGAUGUACGCGCUUGUAAGAAAACCUAUCAUUAUUUGUGUGUCAAGAAAGCAGGUGGUGAAUACAUUACAGAGGACACAAUCGGGAUUUAUAAAAUAUUCUGCUCAAAACACAAAGAUGAUAACAACUUGAACAAUUUUGAGGAAGAGGACAGUACAGUGUUUUCAGAUUAUGGGGGGACUGACACUGAUGAAGAUGUUAUGAAUACCUCAAUCUCUGAUAGUUCAGAAAAAUCCUCUUCACCAAAAAAAAAGAAAAAGAAACGUCGACAUAUUGAGUCGAGAAGGUGUAGACUAGUGACAAAUAUGAAGGAAGAACUUGAUGUUAAUGUACAAGAUAAAGAACGUUCAAAUGAAAGUGAAGUAUCUUCAGAUGUGAAAGAUGAAAUGAUUAACAGCGAUGACAAUUGCGAAACAGUGAGAAAUUGGGGAGCAACAUGCAGAAGAAGACUCCUAAGCUCCAACUCAGAUACUCUAUCAGAAGAUGAUCUUCCCUCUUUUAUGGAUCUAUCUCAAAAAGGAUCAAGCAAUGCCAACAAAGAACAAAGUGAUAAAAGUAACACCUCUGCAGAAUACUCUCCUGUACACUCCCCAGAUGUGCCUGAAACAAAUGAUAUUAAUGAAAGAAAGAGAAAAUUAAGCAGUUCAGAGAGCAGUGAAUCUUUAUUGUCCCCUAAACCUAAAGUGACACGUGUAGCUUCUCUCAGUAAAGCAUGGAACGAAAAACAGAAGAAAAUUCUUGGAGACACUGAAGUAAAUACAGAGAUGACAGAUAUGACUACAGAAGAAACCAUAGUCUUUUCUAAACUGUAUUAUGAGCAUGGAGGUUCAUUCUCCAUUUCAUUUGAAGAAACUCAAGCUAUCAAAACCAAUGAAGAAAUCAGUGAACAGGAAACAGAAACACACAAUUCCCCUAAUGUAACAACCACAUCAUCAACAAACCUUGUGGACUCUAAUAAUGUUGUAGCUACAGUAGCUAUAGAUUUAUCUAAUAAAAGCAAUUCAGUAACAUUAGAACAUAAUUAUACAGAAACUUUACAGCCAGAACUUAUAAGUAAUCUUCAUGAAAAAGUGUCCUCAGUGACACAAACUUUGAAUUCUACUGAUGGAAAUAUCAAACCAGAUGAAUGUUCUCUUAAUGUUAAUGGGACAACAGGAACAGGGACAGUAUCUCCAGUCUCUACAAAUAAUAAAAAUCUAAUGACUAGGACUCUUAUACCGCCUAUUAAACUCGAUUCAAUGAAGCAGAUUUUUAAUUCUUUAACUUCUACGGAGAAAUGUAUGAAAAAGGUUCAAAGCCAUCAUAUUAAAAAAGACACACCUGCAACAAGCCUUCCAAGCACUUUAGAUGAACAGGAGGCUACAACAGCAAACUCUGCAGGUUGUCAUGAUGCAAAAGACACAUCAGUGGUAGAGUCAAUAAGCUCAUCUAAUGCAAAAGCCACAUUCAUUACAAAGACAUCAAAUGCUCCUAGCAACCAAAGCACAGCAGAGGUAGAAACUACGCAGCCAUCAAAUAAUUCUUCUAUACCAGAGGUUAAAGCUGCACAGCCUUUAGAUGUCCCUAAUUUAACAGACACAAUAUUGGCAUCUUCAGCACUUUCUCCUAAUGUGGAAGAUUCAACAUCAAAACAACCUUUUAAUCCUUUGGAAGGUUUUCCUAAUGCACGUGAAGAGCCAAUGGAAAAUCCUUUAAUGCCUCCUAAUAUAAAAGAACAUCACAUAGAAGAAAGUGAAUGUUUGCUACCAGUGCAUCUUAUCCAGAUUUCAUCUGAAGAAGAUGGUCCAUCUCAAGAUAUAUCCGUAAGGAGCGAAGAUCAAGCUAUCCAAGAUGUAUCACCUACAUCCAGCACCACCAGUAGCAGAGUUAAAAAAUGCUUGGACUUCUUCAAUGAAAGAGGAAAAUCUCCAACAAUGUCAUUUAUAAAAGAUUCAUCACCUGUGAACUGUGACCAACUAGCUCUGAACACCAGCUCAUCCCAAAAAAUUGAGACUUUCAUUGAAUUCAAGAGAAUUAAAAAUCAGAUACCCCAGGCUGCAGGCUGCAGUUUAGGACCAGGAAUGGCAAAAACAUUCUUUAAAAUGUGCAAAGAACAGAAGCGUCUGGAGUAUGUGCUGUCAAGAAUGAAGAGUUCAGUUGAAUUGACUACACAAAGGCUUCUUCAAGGAGAUGCUGUGGACAAAGACUAUGAACAAGCAUUUGAACUACUCUCUGCAAGUAGAUGUCUUGAGGAAGCAGCCUUAGAAGAAAAACAAGAAAUCAAAAAGAAAAUUCAAGCUCUUGAAAAGCAGAAAGAAAAACUACUCCAAAUGGAUUUGGUUCUGGAUGACCUAUUAAAAUAAUUACUGGAUAAAUGGUUCAAAUGUUACCUUAAAUCAAUUAGCAUUAUCAAUGCAUUGCACACACUGAGGCCGCCAUGUUGGUUCGUUUCAGUAAUAAUAAAUAAUUUUGAGGUCUUUCACUAAACUACAGGUUUAAACACUACAUGAUUAAAUGUAUGCAUACUGUAAUACAAAUUAUAUAAAUGUAAUUAUAUUGCUAUUUUUAUA